AUGGAUGCACAGUCUGAGAAGCAUUCUCCAAGCUCCGCUCUCGAUGAGCGCAAAGAUGAGACUGUUUCGGGUGGAACAAACGAUUUUCCUGGAUACAAUGCGAAAAUUGAAUUUCAAUCAAGAGAAGCUCGUAAUGUCUUAUUGAAAGUUGACUUUCUUAUACUUCCGCCAAUUGUGCUUUGCUUUUGCUUUCUCCAAUUCGACCGCACAAACAUCGGAAAUGCCCUCACUGAUACCCUGAGAAAGGAUAUCAAUGUGGGAAAUACAGAGGUCAACUUGGCACAGACGCUUUUUACCGUCGGCUUUAUCGUUACUGAGCUGCCCUUUAACAUGAUCAGCAAGUAUAUAGGACCCGAAAGAUUCCUUCCUAUCACGAUGUUCCUUUGGGGCAUUGUGACAUGGUCUCAAGUCUUCAUGAAGAGCGCGACCGGUCUUUACGCAACCAGGUUCUUUAUCGGUGCUCUUGAAGGUGGAUAUAUACCGGGAUUUGCCCUGUAUAUUUCCAAAUUCUACACAAAUCAAGAGCUUGCUUUUCGAUAUGCGAUUUUUUGGGCUGCGAACAGCUUUGCAGGAGCUCUGGGUGGCCCUUUGUCUAUUGGCUUACUCUCACUCGGUGGACGUGGUGGGCUAUAUGGAUGGCAGUGGCUUUUUCUUAUUGAGGGUGCCCUGACAUGUUUCCUGGGGAUUGCUGCUUAUCUUUACUUCCCACACAAUGCGGUCAAGCCGAAAUCCUUCAUGGGAAAGAAUCUCUCAAUGUUUACCCAGCGUGAAGCUUCUAUUCUUGUCACUCGAGUCCUCUGUAAUGAUCCGACGAAAGCACUCCGCUACGGAAAACCAGUUCUUCCAUCCCACGUCCUGGAUACAUUCAGAGAUUGGAGAUUAUACGGCCACCUUGUUGCUGCGCUACUUUCAAUGGUUAUGAUAUCGCCGAUGAACACUUAUGCACCAUCAAUCAUCAAGAUUCUUGGGUUUAGCUCCUUGCAGGCAAACGGUCUCAACUCUGUCGGGAGUAUAUGUGCUUUGAUCUGGUCUGUUUCUCUCGCGUUCAGCAGCGACAAAUUUCAGGAACGCGGAUUUCAUAUUGCUGUUGGAUACUUAUGGGGAGCCGUGGGCCUGUUGUGGCUUGCAUUAGCGCCUGAGAAUGUCGGGAAGUGGAUUCUCUAUGGUGGUGUUGUUUGGACGCAGAUGGGCAUGGGUAGUGCGCAGGCCAUCAGCGCCGCCUGGCUGACUGCAAAGAUGGAAGACCACAAGCGCCCGGUCGCCUUGGCCGCCUAUUCCGUACACGAGAUGCUCCUCGAUACAAAUACGGCUUGA